AUGAACUACCUAUAUUCGCAAGAGAGUCCGUGGAAUGGCGUUGAGGGAUGUUCUGCAGGGUUCUUUGUGCCUGGAGAACCCUCGUUUCUAACAUACAAUGGAAACAUUGUUAAACUCUGGAAGUACAAUUCCGGCCUGGUUUUGGUGAAAGAAUACAUGUUACUUGAAAAGGUUUGCCAAGUAGAAAAAUAUAGAAUAUCCCCUAAUGAAGAUGGGCUAGUCUUUUUGUUCCACAAGGCCAAGGUUUCUCUUGCUAGAUUUGAUCCUCAGAAAAACGAGUUUAAAACAAUAUCUUUGAAGUUUUUUGAGAAAGAUGAAUUCGACAUCAGGGAUGAGGAUAUAAGAAGCAUUAAGAUAAAUGGCGAUCUAGGGAUGUUUCAGAUGAAUAAGCGAUACUUUAGUGUUUUUCCUCUGUUUCCUGGGAUGUUCAAUGCAAAGGUCUUCAAAUUUGCAGAUGUUGAUGGAAAGAUAAAGAAUCCGAUAGAUUUUACUUUUCUUGAAAACUACUCCAUUCCUACGGUGUGCCUAGUGUAUAAUUCACUGCCAAGGAGAUAUACGGUUGUAAAGAGUUAUAAUGCCAUAGUGUUCUCUAUUGAUCUGAGUGCUGGAAAGUUUCAUGUCAUCGACGAGUUUUUUGUUCCUCCAAAAACCUUCAAGGUGGCCUGUGUGGGGCCAGUUUUGGUGUUUAUGUCGCACAACUCUAUAUUGAUAAGAUCUACAAGCAGCUCAUACUCGAUUCCUCUGAAUAGGAUGUCUGAAGCAUGUGAAGGGAGGAAGGUAGUUAAUGAUAUAAUUCUUUCUGAUGUCCUUUUCUUUUCAAGGGGAAACACUUGUCUGAUAUUCAACGGGAAUGGGGAUAGAUAUAGGCUAGUGAUAUCGAUGGACAUAAAAAGAAUAAUAGGGGCAUUCAUAGAAUUUGAGGGAAGAGAUUCUGUGACCAGUUGUAUAGGAUAUGUGAACGAUCUUCUGUUUGUUGGCUCUGUGGGAGACAAGACAAAGGUAUUUGAGAUAAAAAGACUCCAGGUCAAGCCCGGGGUAGACGCUGGUUCUGAGAAAGUAGAUGCACUUAAAGAAUACUUAGAGUCGUCUGAGAAUAAGGAUCAAGAUGUCCAAAAGCAGGAUGAAGAAUAUGCCAAGCUCUUUAAUGAAGGAUCUGAGUCAAGGGCCGAGGAAAGCUUUGUUCUUCACCAAGUUGACGAGAUUGCAAACAUCGGAUUUUUGAAUGGGGCAGCAAUGAAGAAUGAAAAUGAAGCCGCAUUUGGUGUUGAAGGAUUAGAGCCAUGCAUAUGUGUUGUGAGCAAUACUAUGCCACUUGAGAUAGUGAAGUCUCAAAAAACGAAAAGAUAUCUACAUUGCUGGAAGGCUUUAGAUUUCUACAUUCUAGGAAGAGCAUCUGAGACAAGAGUCUUUGGUUGGCCUAAAGAAGGGUUUUUGGAAGUGGAUGGAGAGUAUAGUAAAGAUGUGGACACACUAUUAUUUGCAGAGCUUGGAAAUGGAAUAAUCCAAGUCACUCCCACUUACUGUUUACUAAUGGGACAAGAUCUUAGAAUUCUCAACAAAGUGGAUUUUCCAAGUAGAGCACUUGAGGGCCGGGUGGUUUGUGAUGGAAUGUUCCUUGCCAUAAAGGAUAUGGAGAAGAGGCUUAGUUUCUAUGAUAAAGAAAUGAACCGAAUUAUUAGUAUAUCCGAUGUUACAUGCUUUGGGGACGUAAGGAACAAGAUUUUUAUUCUUUCGGAACAUAUUUUGAGUGUCUUUGACAUACAUAGCAGGAUGAGUCAGUUUUCUCCUUGCUCCAUUGAAGACCUCCCGGACUCCAUCAAACUUUCACCAGAUACUUCUGUGGCCAUGGACUUGAAUGAGAAGAAAGAAGAAGAUGGUAUUAUAGAAAUGAGCAUGUCUCUAACAGGCAAUAAGAUUCUUAUGCUACUUAGGUUGAAAGGAGGAUAUAUGGUUGCUUACGAAUCUCUGGACUUAUCGGGGUUGUUUGAUGAAUCAUUCCACCAGACGAUUACAUUUUUCAAGAUUCGCCUUCCAAGACAUGUUGCUUUCAAUCUCACAGCGGAAGCCAAAGCAUUUUAUAAUCUAGGAAGCAUGGUAUUCAUAAGGGCAGCAUCCAGCAUGUUUAUGGUUCCGGAUGACAAGGGGCAUUUUCUAUAUAAAAGCAGAUACACUCUGAACUCGGCGACUGUGAAUAAAAAUCAGCUGAUACAACUCUCUAGAGGGCAUUUAAUGGUUUGUAAGGUUCCUAGUGUUAGAGACGAGCAAUAUGUAUUUGGAGAUGGGCUUGUUGGUAGAAAAAUCCCUAUUCUGCGCAUUCCAAAGCAUAUUGAGUAUGCAGAUAGAUAUAUGGUGGUAGCAUCAUGCAAAGAUGUUGAAUUCUCUUCAAAGGAUGAAAAAGAUUGUGGAAUCCCUGUGAACACUUAUCGAUUCUAUGUGGAUCUAUAUUCGGAAAGAUAUGAGCAUAUAAGCACGUAUGAGCUAGACGAAAAUGAAUAUAUUUUCGACGUAAAGUACCUUGUUUUAGAUGAUAUGCAAGGAAAUUAUGGAAAGUCUCCCUUCCUACUCGUUUGUACAACAUUUAUUGAGGGGGAAGAUAGGCCUGCAAGAGGCCGGCUCCAUGUGUUGGAAAUAAUCUCUGUUGUUCCUUCACUGGAAAGCCCGUUCAGAGAUUGUAAGCUCAAAGUUUUAGGAAUUGAGAAGACCAAGGGGUCGAUUGUUCAAUGUUCGGAAGUUCGAGGUAAGAUUGCAUUGUGCUUGGGAACAAAGAUAAUGAUAUACAAAAUCGAUAGGAGCACCGGAAUAAUACCAAUAGGCUUCUAUGAUCUGCAUAUUUUCACAUCGUCCAUAUCUGUGAUGAAGAACUACAUUCUUGCAUCUGAUAUUUAUAGAGGUCUAUCGUUCUUCUUUUUCCAAUCCAAGCCCAUAAGACUCCAUCUGAUAAGCUCCAGCGAGCCUCUCAAGAAUGUAACGUCCACGGAGCUUCUCACUGCAGGAAACGAGCUCUCUAUGGUGUGCUGUGAUGCUAAGGGAACGAUACAUGCAUACACAUACUCUCCAAACAAUAUCAUAAGUAUGGAUGGAGCAAAGCUUGUCAAAAGAUCAGAAAUGAAGACCAACCUAGGAAGAUUGUCUUCUUCCGGGAUAGGGUUUAGAAAGAAUAGCAUUAUGUUCUAUUCAAAGACUAACUUAUUGAUCUAUUUAGUUGGAAUGGAUGAUUCGUACUACCUCAAACUUCUAAAGAUACAGACAUCAAUCAUGGUACAUCUCAAAAGCGUGCUUGGACUGAAUCAAAGAGACUAUUUGAACUCCGACAUCCACCUGCACAGCUUGUCAUUGAAAAGCCCUAUAAUCAUGCAUAUUCUGAACUUGUUUAGUUAUUUCGACCUGAACACUCAGAAACUGAUCUCUACCUCUGUUAAAAUGAGCAGGAGAGAAAUAUUAGAUGUGUUGGCCUCUUUGAAUAUAUUCUGA